CCCAGGUACCGUACAACUCAUCCAGCUGACUGAUUCUUAUUUCCCUCCUUGUUUGGUUAAGUUUCAGCAUCCUGAUGUCCUUACCCUUCUAUCUUGGCCAUGGAAUACUUGCCUUAAGGACCUAAGACCGGCUGGUACGUUUCUUCAAACCAUGGCCCAUCGCGGCGAUCCUAACUAGGAUUGGCGACAUGACAUGGGCUUUUGCCCCGUUUUAGAUCCUUUGGGGAGUUUUUUUUGACUAAACAUUUUUAUGAUUUCUUUCGGAGAAAUCGCCUUUUGUACGAUGUUGGUUUUACGAAAUAGUAGAAACCAAUCGUAUAGUCAAGAAAACUAUGGUGUUAAGUUAAAUGUUAUCGUUUUAUACGAUUAAUUUGAAUUCAUAUGAGAAAACAAGUCGAGACAACUAUGGGUAAGAACCUAACACUGACCGGUUCUUUGCCGACGGCAAAAAUCAUUUCGGUCAACCUUUUUCUAGAGGAAAGAGAUGAAGUAGUUUGGAACUAAAGAUAAGUUAAAUGUGUUCUCCGGUUUUUGCACUAAAGUGAAAGUAGUGUUGGAUAAGGUUCAAAAGAACUUCAUCAUUAUUACAGAAGCGUGCUUAACUGGACAACGGAGGGUGAGUUAGCUCUAUGUCUGCACUGCACAUAUAUGUGUGGUUGAGUAGGGUUAAUAUUGGUAAUAAGGAAUAAUAUAAAUUCCCUCCAAAAAAAAUCAAUCUCAAAAGCAGAAAAGUACAGUCAUAAAUGCAUUUGAUACAAAAAAUUAAAAUACAAUAUAUUAUUAAAACAGAAGUACUUUUUGGUACUGUUUGGAAACAUUGAUCAUAGAUAAAUGAGCACUGUUUAGAAACAUGGAUAUGACUAUAAAAUAAAAUUAUAGUAUCUUUUUAGUAAUUUCAUUAAUAUAAUUACAUUAAUAAUUUUUUUAUAUUUCACCCAGUUACCAAUUUCAUUAAUUAUAUUACCUUAACAAUGCAUCACAACAUUAAUUAUAUUACCAUAAUAAUAAUAGUGCGGAUUUUUAUUUAUUAGUUAAUCAACAUUAAUUUUGUGCCAAUUAUAAAAUCAAAAAUAUAAAAUAAUUGGAAUUUGCAUAUGGUUAAACGUUUGGUUUAGUUUGUUUUACUAAAACUUUUCUUUUAAUUUUAGUUUCAAUUGGUGGAAAAUUACGUAGUCAAAAACAUAAUUCAAAAACAUAUUUUUAUGAAUAAAAUAAUAUCUUAAAUUAAAAUAAUAAAAAUGUAUGACAUUUAUUGUCACUUAGUUUUUCACUUCAUAUAAUUAUUUUACUAAAUUAAAAACUUUUUUCUAUUUCAUUUAAUUUAGCCAAAAACAUAGAUUGCGUCAUUUUUAUUAUUUUAUAAAAUCAGUUAGGCAUAAACAUUGGCUAUCCAUUUAGGUAUGUGUUGCUCGUUUGAAUAUUAUAAAUUUAUGUGUUGAUUUUGAGUUGGAUUAUUCUGAGUCUGGAUGAGUUUGGUUCUCAUGUAUAGGAAUCUAAAAGUAUCUAAUUAGCAAAGAAAUCUAAAGCAAGUUCGAAUAUUUGUAUCAAAAAUAAUCAUAUUAGCUGAUUCGUUCUGAUGUCUUUUGAAUACAAUUAGUCAUAUUACGACUCAUCUAAAAUAUAUAAUUAAUUAUGAAAAACAAAUAUAGACGCAUAAAAAUGUAACAACUAAUACUGCUCCGGUCAGUCUCUCGUUACAUUUACAAGUUAGAACUCUUACUGCUUCAAUUCGAUCGUUGCUAGAAAGUUGAAACCACGACAUCGGAGGCGUGAAAAAGUUUUAAGUCACACCGAAUCAAUCAAGUGGGAGGGACACGUUCUUCAACCUAUUAAUCAAACCCCACUCUUCUCGGUCACGAAAGUCUUGGAAGCUUUGCCUGAUUUCGAGCGACGAUGGACAGAUCGGCGUCGGUGGGUAUCAAGGACGGCGGAUUUGGUGGCAACCACUUGUAUUCUCCAUCAUUUUCUUCUUCAUCUUCCAUGAGACAUGUCAAUUACAGUUGUGGAUCUUGUGGGUACGAGCUGAACUUGAGCUCCACCAAUCGAAUUACAUCAUCAAUUGGAUCGAAGUAUGGGAAAUCCAUGAAGACUGGAAUCAUAUCCUUCUUCAACAUUGACGAGGGGAGAUUCAGCCAGGUUGAUGAGUUCCAAUGCAUGCCUCACUUCUCCAGAUACUCUUGGGGUUUGUUCAGACGCAAGACUAAGCUUCUCUGUCGCCAAUGUAAUAACUACAUAGGCAAUGCUUCUUAUGACAAGGCCCCUCCUGAGUACGCACUCGUAACACAAAACUCAUCGCCCAGGAAGGGUGUCACUGACACUGUUACCAAGUAUGAUAUCAGAAUUCGUGCGCUUCAACCUUCUUCCGGUGUUGCUUCUCUGUGACUGAGUGUGUUUCUUCUACAACUGUAUAUUGUAGAAAAUUCUUCAAAGUAUCAGUACUGUUUUCAUAAGGUGGGUUCGGCUUUUUCUUUCUUUCUCAAAUUGUACAGUAAUUUAACAAUUUGCCUUUUUUUUUUUUUUUUUGUUUCUGAGAAUAUUGAGGUUAAAUAUGAAUUUCACUUGCUCAUGUUCA